UGGCGACGAUGGCGGCAAUUCCUUCCUCCACUUCGGCAUCCUCCACGGCCGCUGCAUCCUUCACUUCGGCCUCCGCCACGGCCACCGCAGCGGCUCUCGGGGAGGUGGAGGAUGAAGGGCUCCUGGCAUCGCUGUUCCGGGAUCGCUUCCCGGAGGCUCAGUGGCGGGAACGGCCCGACGUAGGUCGCUACCUCCGGGAGUUGAGCGGCUCCGGGCUGGAGCGGCUGCGGCGCGAGCCCGAGCGUCUGGCGGAGGAGCGGGCCCAGCUGCUGCAGCAAACGCGCGACUUGGCCUUCGCCAACUACAAGACCUUCAUCCGCGGCGCCGAGUGCACCGAGCGCAUCCACCGCCUGUUUGGCGACGUGGAGGCGUCGCUCGGCCGCCUGCUCGACCGUUUGCCCAGCUUCCAGCAGAGCUGCAGGAACUUUGUAAAAGAGGCUGAGGAGAUCAGCUCCAACCGCCGGAUGAACACCCUGACUCUAAACCGGCACACAGAAGUCCUGGAAAUCCUAGAGAUUCCUCAGCUCAUGGAUACCUGUGUCCGGAACAGCUAUUAUGAGGAGGCCCUGGAGCUUGCAGCCUACGUACGCCGACUGGAAAGGAAAUACUCCUCCAUCCCUGUCAUCCAGGGCAUUGUGAAUGAAGUACGCCAAUCUAUGCAGCUGAUGCUGAGCCAGUUGAUCCAGCAACUGAGGACCAACAUCCAGCUCCCUGCCUGCCUCCGUGUCAUUGGCUUCCUGAGGCGCAUGGACAUCUUCACUGAGGCUGAGUUGAGGGUGAAGUUUCUUCAGGCCCGAGAUGCCUGGCUCCGUUCCAUCCUGACUGCCAUCCCCAAUGAUGAUCCCUAUUUCCACAUCACGAAAACCAUUGAGGCCUGCCGUGUCCAUCUAUUUGAUAUCAUCACUCAGUACCGUGCCAUCUUCUCAGACGAGGACCCGUUGCUCUCCCCUGCCAUGAGUGAGCACACUGUGAAUGAGAGUGCUAUCUUCCAUGGCUGGGUAUUGCAGAAAGUCUCACAGUUCCUGCAGGUCCUGGAAACUGACCUUCACCGAGGGAUAGGCGGCCGCCUGGACUCCCUGCUGGGCCAGUGCAUGUACUUUGGGCUGUCCUUCAGUAGGGUGGGGGCUGAUUUCCGGGGCCAGUUGGCUCCUGUUUUCCAGCAGGUAGCUAUCAGCACUUUCCAGAAAGCAAUUCAGGAAGCAGUGGAGAAGUUCCAAGAUGAAAUGAACUCCUACACCCUCAUCUUGGCUCCAGCCAUCCUAGGCAGUAGUAACCUGCCUGCUGCUGUGCCAGUCACUCAGCCAGGGACCCUGCAGCCACCCAUGGUGCUCUUAGACUUCCCACCCCUUGCCUGCUUCCUUAACAAUAUUCUCGUUGCCUUCAAUGAUCUGCGCCUUUGCUGUCCCAUUGCCCUGGCACAGGAUGUGACUAGGGCCCUGGAGGACACCCUUGCUAAGGUGACCAAAGUAAUCCUGGCCUUCCAUCGUGCUGAAGAUGCGGCCUUCACCAAUGGGGAGCGAGAACUCUUCAUCCAGUUCUGCACUGUCUUCCUGGAGGACCUCGUUCCUUAUUUAAAUCGCUGUCUCCAAGUCCUUUUUCCACCGGCUCAGAUAGCACAGACAUUAGGCAUUCCACCCACUCAGCUCUCCAAGUACGGAAACCUUGGGCAUGUGAACAUCAGCAUCGUCCAGGAGCCUCUCGACUUUAUCCUGCCGAAGAAAGAGAUGGUCUUCUGGCUAGAUGAAAAGGACCCACUGCCAGAGUUCACAGCUCCAGCACCAGAACUCCUGCCCGAGGAGCCAAGGCUGGACCCCAGAGGAGAGCAGGUGGUGUGGCAGGCCAAUGGGUGGGCAGCUCGCAUCAUCCAGCACGAGAUGGACCACUUGCAGGGCUGCCUGUUCAUUGACAAAAUGGAUAGCAAGACAUUUACAAACAUCCACUGGAUGGAGGUGAAUGACUAAAACUUUCCUGCUACAUCUGAUUUAGAAAACCAGGACACAAACACUUUGGCUUUGAGCUGGGCAUGUCUUACUUGGCAUUGACUUGGCUCCAACAGAAAACAAUGGACUUCCGAAGUAUGCCUGAGUUGGAGGAAGAUGUUUAAAAUGACUGCUCCAAAAUGAGUUGUGAAAUAUAAACUUCAAAUUGAGAAGAAAACUAACUCCCCUAAAGGAGUGGACAUUUCAUGGUAAUUUUUUUUUAAUCCUCACCAGAGGACAUUUUU